UCUGUCAGGUCAGCGGAUACCUUCACAAGGAAACAAAUAUGGCGGGCGACAACAGAGGGAAGACGGUUAUGGAGCUGUCAUCCUUACCUCUUCAAAUAUUUCUCUUUCUGAACAUUUGGUAUGCUAUGGUAUUUUGUGUUGCAGAACUUUUGCUCUAUGUUUAUAAAGGUACUCUUUUGCCUUAUCCUGACACAGCAAGGACCUUGGCUAUUGAGAUCAUUAUUAUCUUUCUUCUGGCUUUUAUUGAGGGUGUUAGAAUCUUCUUGGGUUACAAAGGUAACUUAGCAGAACGUACCAUGGCCCUUGUAUUUUCUGUGGUGCUUGGCAUUCCUGUUCUUUUCAUUGACUUAUUCAUCUUGCUUUGGCAGACGUAUGUUUUAAGGAUAGAGGUGGUACUGGUCAGUGUUGCCUUGGCAUUUCUUGGUUUUGAGAUGAUUUUCAGUUUUGCUGCCAUUUUCACUUUCAAGAGACACCAAACUAUGCUGAGGUGAUGUUUGCAGUUUUUCCAACAACGAGUUGACAAAGUCAAGAAAACUUGUACAUAGGACUUAGAACUUCAUCAGUGAUCAAGGUGUUUAAUUUUUUGCGUGGCGCCCUCAUUUUACAAAUUACAUUUGACUUGUGAAUUGCAGCCCUUAGCUACUGUGUUGCGUAUCUAUGCGUUUGACCCCAAGAGUGACCAGCAUCUAGUUUCUCCUUACAAUAUCAUCUCUAAAUCGAACAGGAAGGUCAAGAGAAUGGAGGAAAUGAUCACUAACUAAAAUAGGUCUGAUUUCUAAACAAAUUCUCCUCGUCAGCGCCUAAAGAAAUGUGUAGAGAAUAGUAUGGAGAAUAUGCAUGCCUAUGUUAGGGUGUAAAGAGUUAAACUGCGGCUAGCUGCUGCUGUGGUGCAGAAAAAAACAUAAGUAAAGCGGCUUUAGAAAAUUCGCGUUAAUUUAGGACGCGUAAAUUUAUGUUAGCUUUAUUUCCGUGUCAUGAGCUGUCUCUACAAUUUUCGAUACCUUUAUUUCCUUUAUUUUCAUUUCACCUCACAUUUACAAUACUUGUUGGUAAGUUUUGAGGACUAAGUUAUUUAUAUCGCGUACCGUACUUUCACUAAGUUACCCUUGAAAAAAGGCUCGAAGUGGCGAGAUUUCUUCAUGUUAAGGGACAUUCCAUGAACAUUAACUGAAUUGCAGAUUUGUUAGUAAAUUGUGUAAAUAAAUUUGUUUCUGUUUUA